AUGGCCAUUCAUCCGAAUUUCCCAUCUGAAACGAAUCCGAGAGGAUCUCUCUCGCCACAGCAGGCUCGCGCCAUCUCCGCUUGGACUGAACAGGCAGCUGCAUCCUUGGAGAGUCUGACUCUCUCGGAGUCAGUACCGAUCACCGAUUCGAAUGUGGUCUUUUCCCAGUCCACUCCUACGCGCGCAAGCGUGCGCGGCACCACAGUCUCGCUAUCAAUUCCCCUAGAUGACCCAGUACCGACAGUGGGAAGCCCUUCCGCGCCUAAGGUCAAGGUCCUAGCCCAGCCAACCAAGGAGACCCAGGUGGCGUCGGUGAGCUUCCGCCGCCGCGAGCCGCUUCGCCGUGAUAGCCUCAAGAGGCGCGAAGCCUUGUUGAAGGGAAAGGAUGGUAGUCGUCGCAGACAGCGUUGGGAGAAUGAUCGUCUUCUGAAUAAUCCGUGGGCUGAGCCACCUUCCUCCAAGGAUUGGGAUAUCCAGGCCACCCACACUCGUCACGACCCUAUGCCUUACUACCUUGCGCCUCUCUGGGACAACCACUAUGCGCAUCUGGACCAUAGGUCAUCCCAGCAGAUGGAGACCCGGACUGAGAAGCAUCGUGUUCCUAAGGAGCUGCGACAGAGACUAAAGCAUGCACGUGCCGCACGUGGUAUACUUCAGGAUAUUGAAGAAGACAUUAGACAAUUCAUCCAGCGAUGGAACGAGAAGCAAGGUUUGCUGAAGCAGGAGGGUCUGGCAGAUGCCCCACAGUCAUCCGACAGUGAAUCCGAAGACGAGAUCGUGUUUGUGGGUCGAAACGGCCUGAUGCAUGACUCGCCCCAGAGAAGAGCAAGACUGCAAAAGAUGCGUGAGGCAAUGAGUGCUCAUCAUGAGCAUGAUGGGCAGAAGAUGGUGUUUGAGAGUCUGGUCGACGACCGGGCAGCUGGAUUCGGUCGCUGGCUCGUCCAUUCCAUCGCGUCGUAUUACGGCUUGCACACUUGGUCUGUCACCGUCGGGGAACCUGCCCGCCGCGAGGCUUACGUUGGCUUCUAUCCGCCAGCCCCAGGCAGUCGAGCAGGACCCGUAUCCCCACCGGCCGGGUCGAAGGCAUGCCGUCAGGAAGCGAUGAUUCAGCCCGGCGACGAACUGCCUCAACCGCUCUGGACGCAGGUGUGA